UUGUAUAUCUAUAUAUUUGCUAUACAUACAUGUCGGGUGUUUGGGUGUUCAAGAAUGGUGUGGUUCGACUCCAGGACAACCCUUCUUUACAGGGGUCAAGUCGUCGUAAGGUAUUGGUUCAUGUAGCUACUAAUCAGGUGGUCACUUCGUAUGAGAUGCUCGAGAGAAUGCUCUUGCCUCUGGGGUGGGAGCGGUACUACAAUGACCCUGAUCUAUUUCAGUUUCAUAAAAGCUCGUCCGUGCAUCUCAUUUCUCUCCCUAAGGACUUCAACAAGCUCAAAUCGAUGCAUUUAUAUGAUAUCGUUGUUAAGGCUCGUACUAAUGUGUUUGAAGUAAGAGACGUAUAAAUGAUCCAUGGCUAGAUAGCCGGUAGACAGCUGUUUUCUUCUAGGAAAUGGCUUCAUACUCGUUAUACAUACUCCAUGUUUCUUGUUUGAAUAAAAUGAGCGUGUGAUUCUGAUUACAGUUUGGUUUUUCUGGUUACGAGGGUUUUAUGCAACCCAAGUUUGUUUCGUCUUUGAUGUAAUUGUAAUUAUUAAAUGAUUGUUUAUGGAAUAUUACG